CGCUGCGGCGCGGCCAGGGGCGGGACGGGGCCUCCGCCCGGCAGCCGCUCCCCGCAGCGCCCCGCGUCUACUUGGGUCGGGGUACCGGCCGCAUCUCGGCGUCCCCGGGCCUGCACGGCUGCGGCUGAGCGGCAGCUCAGAAGUACCGGUGCCAUAACCAUAUGCACUUUGAUGAUAAAAGUCGUAAUUUUUCACGCCUUAUGUGAGAAAAAGUUUGUGAUCUUCACUUCUUCCAGAGGAAUGAUCAGGGGCUCUGCUCUGGCCCUAUUAACGUGGCUGUCCUUGUACAGUAACCAGUACCUACAACUUUGCCACUGCAAGUUGUGAAUAAAAAGAAAAUUUAAAUGUCUUCAGAAGACAAAGAAGCUCAGGAGGAAGAGCUGCUGGCUUUGGCUAGCAUUUAUGAAGAUGAAUUUAAGAGAGCUGAGUCUGCCCAAGGAGGAGAAACAAGAAUUUGUCUGGAGUUACCCCAAAACUUCAAAAUUUUUGUGAGUGGCAGUUCCACAGAGAGCCUCCAGAGCAACAGAUAUGAAUACACCGUUUGCUUUCUGCCUCCCCUUGUGUUGAAUUUUAAACUCCCACCAGACUACCCAUCAACCUCCCCACCAGUGUUUACCCUCAGUGGAAAAUGGCUCUCCCAAGCCCAGCUCAGUGCUCUCUGCAAGCAUUUGGACAAUGUAUGGGAAGAGAAUCGAGGCUGUGUGAUCUUAUUUGCCUGGAUGCAGUUUCUGAAAGAGGAAACACUGAGUUAUCUGAAUAUUUCUUCCCCAUACGAGCUAAAAAUGUGCCAUGAAGGGAACAGGCAGAGCAGGACACCUUUGGUCUCUCUCGAGGCUGAGAAGGAUUGUGGUGGUGCAGCAGGCUCUGCCGCAGCUGGAGAAGAUAUGAUCGAUGCAAGAGCUGUGCAGGAUGUGAUAUCAUUGUCGAGUCUGGUUACAGAAAUCUUGGACUUCGAUCAGGCUCAGAGGAGGAAGUGCUUUAACAGUAAGAUGCACUUGUGCAAUAUCUGCUUCAAUGAGAAGCUGGGUAGUGAAUGUAUGUACUUCACCGUGUGCAACCAUGUAUACUGCAAAGCAUGCCUGAAGAACUACUUUGAAAUGAAGAUCAGGGAUGGUCAGGUCCAGUCUCUCUACUGUCCAGAACUGAAGUGUUCUUCUGUUGCUGCUCCUGGCCAGGUUAAAGAGUUGGUGGAAGAGCAACUGUUUGCACGUUAUGACCACCUGCUUCUGAAGUCUAGCUUGGACCUGAUGGCAGACGUGGUGUAUUGCCCUCGCCCGGCCUGUCAGACACCUGUCAUGCAAGAGCCAGGUUGCAUCAUGGGCAUAUGUUCCUAUUGCAGCUAUGCCUUUUGUUCUCUCUGUAGAAUGACUUACCAUGGGGUCUCUCCGUGUAAAGUCACUGCGGAGAAAUUAAUAGAUUUGCGAAAUGAAUAUUUAGAAGCAGAUGAAGCAAAUAAAAGAUUUUUGGAACAACGCUAUGGCAAGCGAGUGAUUCAGAAAGCCCUUGAGGAGAUGGAGAGUAAAGAAUGGCUAGAAAAGAACUCCAAGUCCUGUCCUUGCUGUGGUACUCAUAUAGAGAAACUAGGUGGUUGUAACAAAAUGACGUGUACUGGCUGCAUGCAGUACUUUUGCUGGAUUUGUAUGGGUUCCUUGUCAAAGGUGAACCCAUACUGGCACUUCAAUGAUCCAUCUUCCCCGUGCUUUAACAGAUUGUUUCAAAACAUGCAGGUUGAUGGUGAGUUCUGGGAGGUUGAAGAUGAAGACUAGUAGCAUUCUCUAGCAACAAAAGCUGAACAAACCAGAGACAAAUGCUUUUCAUUUUUGUGUCAAGUUUGUUUGCUUUUCACUUCCAUUAUGUGAUGAGAUGAAUGAUAACUACCUUGCACUGCAGGAUACUCAUACUUCAGAGGCUGUUGCCAAAACCAAAGGAGACCAUUUUACCCAUCCUAUGACCAGGAUCACCACCGAAGGCCCUAACAAUCACAUCGAUUGCUAGAGGCAGAUGCAGCUGGUCAGAAGUUGGAAAACUACUGGGAAAAUAUAUACUAAGAGGUGCCCCUUUUUCAAAAGCGAACAAAACUGAAGCCCGAAAUAAUAGAAAUAUUUGGGGGUUUCCUUUAGGGAGACUGGCCUUUUGAGGAUCUUGGCUCGUAACCAUUGUGGGUUUCACAGCGGGCUUAUUAUAGCUGUAGUGCUCUUUCUGGAGCUCUGGAGUGCUGCUGCUUGGAUAGGGAAGGUUUUCUGAUACAGUACACAAAACUUCUGUAUUCAGCAACCGAGCCUGUUGCUUCGAUAGCAUUUCCUGACCCAUUUCUCUGAAAAGCAGCUCAUUGCUCUGUCACUGAUACUUUCUAAGGAUGGUAAAGUUAAUUAUCCCUAACACCCUUCUUACUGGCUGUAAUACCCAGGUCUUUGCAUUACUAGGUGCUUCGGCAGAGAAUGACCAGCGGCCAUUUCCAGAAAUUUGAAUCAGCUCGAUGACUCAUCUCAGUGUUGCCGUUGUAUUCACUCACAUUGCCUCUCCUGAUUUUGACAGUGACACUGCUAAGGCAGCAAACCAAUGAAAAGUAUCAGUCAGAUGUUGAAACACAUUUUUAAGGAUACAUAGUUGAGAUUAACUCGAAUUCUUCAAGAUAUUGAAAAUUACCUUGGCUUCUCAAAUGAUGAAAUAAUUUAUUUUUUACUAACUCUUGGUAUAAGAAAUUUGAUUAGUUGAUAGUUUUGCUUCUGGACUAGAUCCCUUAUUUCCACUGUUCUUGCACUUCAAAUUAUUUAAAAAAAAAAUUGUUUCCCCUACAAGCUCAGUAAAUAGCUUUGUGAGCAUGAAAGUAAUUACUGGAGGGAACCACUAAUUUUUAAGAAGUUUUUCCACUUGCAGAAUGGUCUAAAAAUUUAUUUUUAAAUGAAAACUGCAUGUGCUGUGUUCAAAACAAUUACCAGGGCCCAGAUGGAUAGCUCAGGAGCUGGAAGACUCUUCAGAAGCUCAAGGUGAACAAUUCUGUUUUGACUUAGUAAAUAAAUUUAUACUCAGUUAUCAGGCCAAAAUAGGUGCUGAUCUAGUUCCUUUCACUGAGGAUGAAAGUCUGUACUGUUAGAAUUGGCAGUGAUUAAAAAGAUAAGAGAUGGUAAGGGCUGAUCUCUUGUAUUGGUUUAGGCUGUAGGGUAGUGUGUAGGGAAAGUUUACAUUGUGUAUGGUUUAAAUUGUAUUUCCUGCACCUUUCACAUGCACUAAAUUCACUUUAAGACAGUAAA